AUGAAUGAUCUCCCGCCUGACAAGCCGGAACUCAACUAUACAGAUACCACAAACAAUAUCCAGUACCUCGAUAACACUACUUCCAAAACUUCCACCGAUAACACAACUUCUGAUCUUCAAUCUUCUUAUCCCAUCAUUAGCUCUUCUAUAAACCAUUCUGAUAACCUAUACAACUUUCAAAACCAACAUCCUAAUCACAUCAUCCCGGAACACGGUGCAAUGCUGCUCGACCUGGAAUACCAUGCUCACAAUAACAACUCAUCAUCCACCACAUCUUCUGCAACUUCACCUUCUUCUAGCAUUUACUUUAAUUCUCAUCUCACUCCAUUGUCCUCUUCAUCAUCAUCAUCAUCUCCAUCAACAACAACAACUACAUCAACUACAACAACUCAUUUCCCAUUCCCACUCGCUGGACCUUCAACACAAUCAAUAUCUUUCCAAAACUUAUCAUCAGCAUCCCCUUCUGCAUUUUCUCGUAACGUCUAUGGUGAUACCAGUUCGUUUGUCAUGAAUAAAAGAGGAAUCGGAACAGGCAUGCGUUCAAGUACUCCAAGUCGGCUUAUCGACAAGGGCAAAAAUAGAAAAAACCCAUUUUCGAAACCUCCAAAUAGUCCAAGUGACGAUACUUUUUCAACUCCGCCGCCUUUACCACAGUCACCGCCGGCGCCACAGUCUUCAUCAGUAAAAAAAAUCAUAACUCUCACAUCUUCUAGCAAUGAUUCCUAUCAGGGUCCUGCUUCGUCCACACCCAGCGUUGAGCCUUUAUUGGAUGAAAAAAUUUUUGCGCAUGUAGGAGUAACAAGCCACAAUCUCAAAGGCUCCUCCCCUAUCCCCACCACCACCACAACAACAACAACAACAACAACAACAACCAAAACCACCACCACCAUAAAUAACAACAAUACUGCUGCUGCUGCUAUUAAAACUUUUACACCCACUACCUCCAACAAUCAUAAAAAUAUUGCUAGCAGUACCUCAAAUAUUCGCCAUGGAUCAUCUGCUGAGAUUCUUGGGAAACCUCCGGACGGGAAAAGUAUCGACUCAUCUUUGCAAAAUUCUACUACUGAAAUUUCUACUACUGGCGUGACUUCCAAUAAUUUGAGUAAUACCAAACAUCCUUCUACUUCCUCUUCUUCAUCGACAUCUUCUUCCUCAUCUUCAUCAUCAUCAUCAUCAUCAUCUUCUUCUUCUUCUUCUUCUUCUUCUUCUUCUUCUUCUUCUUCUUCUUCUUCCGCAUCUUCAACAUCUUUAACAUCUUCUUCUACCUCUUCACUUUUACAAGAUUAUGCUUCUUCUUCUUCCCCUCCACUUUCCAACUUGACUUUCCUUCCCUUUCCUUUAGUUCAAACAACACAACCUUCUUCUAUCUCUUCUACAACCUCUUCUACUCGAACAGUCCCCAGAAAUAAAGAUACAAGUGACGAGAAUAAUCAAUCACCUUCUAUUGAUAAUAGUUCAUCAUCAUCAUCAUCUUCUUCUUCUUCUACAUCAUCUUCUUCCUUUUUACCAAGUUUAGAAAAUACUUGGGUUUUGGAUACUCUCAUCUCAGGCAUGAAUAACAACUCUACAAGUGGGGCCGAUUCAGACCCAAUUGCUUCCGAAAAUAUCCAGCAGCAAGAUUCAAGCACCCCAACAAUCCAUCCAACAAUCCCAGAUCAUAUACCCUCUUCUUCCUCUUCUUCCUCUUCCUCUACGUCUACAACUGCUGCUCCGUCUUCUAAUCCAUCUCUACUUUCAAUUAACCCUUUCCUUGAUUUCCUUUCAACAACUACUCCUCCACCUCCUUCUUCAUCUUCAUCUUCAUCGCUACCUCCUUCAGCUACUGCUCCAACAUUUAAUGUAUCUUGGAAACGUUCCAGAAGCAAUGCAACUCCUUCAUCAUCAUCAUCUUCUUCAUCAACUUAUGCUGCAAACAUUCAACAAUUCCUCAACCAGUUAAAUGAAUCCCCAGAAUCAUUUGAAAGCGAUUUGAGUCCUGAAGACAGUACUAAAAUUCAACGACAUGGUACUUCAUUUUCAAGUUAUCAUUCAGAACCUGCAACAUCUCCAUUUGUUGUUCCUGUAACAACAUCUUCCUCUGCAUCUCCUCUGGCUUCCGUCUUAACUUACCCACUCUCGGGUCCAGACGUCUCACCUCAUAGAAGGUCUUCCUCAGCUUUUACAAAUAUGGUCCAUCAAUCCAUCAUGGGCAAAAACAUUCAAGGAGCUCAAAAUAUUUCUCCUGCAUCUACUGGUGAGCUUGUAUCCCCUCCUGCUGCUCAAAAUUCUCCUCUGGCAUCAACUCCAAGCAUUUCUCCAAACCUUACUUCUCACCAAGGAUUGGUUGUUUCUGCUUCUUCUUCAACUCCAUCUUCUACUGGUCCUAGUGGUGCAAUUGCAUCAACUCCAAGUGAAACUGGCACUCCAGAAGACUCUCGAGUGUCAAUUCUACGCUCGUCUUUCCAAGUGAAAAAUGAGGCUUCUAUAAAUUCGCCUCAAUCUUCUUCUUCACCAAUUACUACAGUCCCAAGUCCAACAUCUUCUCUAAUAACUGCAGCAUCAACUUCUCCUCAAAUCCGAAGCGAUACCAUUGUUUCAGGUACUACCGGUACCAGUGUUGCUACAACAGCUGCAGGUGUUGCGGCAAACGCACAAAAAAUCUUCAAGUGCCCUCAGUGUCCGUUAUCAUUCCGCAGAAAUCAUGAUCUCAAACGUCAUGUCAAGAUCCAUUUGCCUGUGCGUCCAUAUACUUGCUCGCUUUGCGAAAAGGCGUUUAAUCGCAAGGACGCACUGCGGAGACAUCUUUUAUCUAACGCGUGCAGGAAACGACCAAAUAGAAGGCCUGUAACUGCAGCGGCAGCAGCAGCAGCAGUUGCGGCAGCAACAGCAGCUUCUUCUUCUUCUUUAUCGAUGGUGACUGGAAAGGUUGGGAAUAACAGCGAGGGGUCUUCUGCCACAUCAACAAGUUCAAAUUCUGCAGGGCUGGGAUUACAAGAAACUGUGGCGUCUGCAGCAACAGCCACAAUCUCAACACCAUCUGGAGCCAAUGUGAAUUCGUCACCGUCGCCCACCAGUGUACAAAUGGCACCGAGCCCGCUGGCAACUGCACAAGGAUUUCCACAGAGCAUUUUGGGAACCACCGACUUUGACCUGACGCCCAUUCUAACACGUACUGGUGCUGUAGCAGCUUCUAGUGGUGGUGUGCUUAAAGAUGGGUACAAUUUUAAAAGCAGCAUUAGUAGUAGCGAUAACAAUAGUGACAACUUAAGUGAUGGUAAAGAUAAGGGCAGGAGUAGCAAGGGUGGCAUUGACCAAAACUUGUGGAACUCACUUAUGAACCACCUAGCAACAGGAAUGCUUGAGUAUCGUCAAGGUAGCAGCGGUGCACCAUCGUUAUCAUCAACAUUAUCAUCUACAGGUCCCAAGUUUCUUUCAAGGAAAGAUUCUCCUGGGGGCCCUUCAGAUGCAUUUAAAAACCAUCGCUCAUUGUCAUUGCCCAUUUCAGUAGAAGCCGCUGCUGCUUCCAAACAUCAUUCGUUGUCUCUUCCUGAAACAUUGGAGAGUGCGCAAGCUACAGCAGCAGCUGGAGCAUCUGAUAAUAAUAAUAAUAAUAAUAAUAACAAUAACAAUAACAAUAACACUCAUGCGGCCGAGUUGGGCAACAAUCAUUUGCCAAGCCAGCUGCGCAAAACUCACACAACAACAACUAAAUCAUCAGUUGUUUCUGAGUACAUGGAUAGUCUGACGCGGGCACGAGUCACAGCUAACAAUUCAAAUUUAGGCUCUGGAACUCUACAAUCAACAAGCCAAGGAGACAAUAUGCUUGGCCGUCAUUCGCCUUUGGCAGGUAGUGUUAAUGCCCGGUCAAUCCUAGAAUCGCCAGAGCAGGCAGACAUUGCCGGGAUCCUUGAUGAUUUCAUUGAUCCCUCAUUAUCGCAAAUUCUUGGAUUAGACUUGACUCAAAGUCAGUCUUCUUCUUCAUCUUUUGCAGCAGCAGCAGCUGCUGCUGCUAGUGGGAAUACUUACUUGCACAGCCAGCACCCCCUUGGACCCAGUCAGUAUCAUGCAAACGUUUCGUCUCAAUCAAAUGCAAAUAUAACCAUGUCUGCAAACAUUGAUCCAGCAAUCCAAAGCCUGACACAACAGAUUGAGCAGCAGAUGCAUCAACUUGUGCGAGGUGAAGGAGGAGGAGGAGGGAGUGGUAGUAGUAAUUCUGCUGCUGAUACUGCUGAUGAUUUACAAUUUGGAGAGAUUGAUGCUGAAAUGAUGCGAUUAUUUCAAGAAUCUGCUCAAAUGUAUGCACCAUCAGCUACUGGAACAGUUCCAGGACAAUCUUCUUCUUCAGCUGUGGUUGUGGGGGUUGAGUCAUUAGAUAAAGAUAUAGAAGGCGAUUUUUUCAUGAAAGAUGUGUGA